UUUCUCUUCUCCCACUUUUUCUAAUAUCUGGGUUUCUGAAUUUUAUAGCAAGUUCAAGUGGUUCUCCAUUGUCUAUUCAAUUCCCGUUCUUGGCUGGCUUGCAGCUUUUAUCUCUAGACCAGACCUCCAAGUUGAGCUUCACGCCAAGUUCGGCUAAGGACUGGUCUCGAAUCGAUCUCCAAAGAUGCGCUUCGGGACGACUCUCCGCGACUCGAUCUACCCACCUUGGGAAUCGCAGUACAUUGAUUAUAAAAAGCUCAAAAACAUCUUGCGCGAGGAUCGCCAGGGGAAAGCCUCUCGAGCGGAUCAGGACGAUGAAGUCGACGAGUGGACAGAGCAGGACGAGGGAACCUUUGUGGAGGAGCUUAUCAACGUCCAGCUCGAAAAGGUCAAUGCAUUCCAAAAUCAGACCUUUGAGCAGCUUCGUGAGCGGGCUGCCAAAUGCGAGACGAGGCUCGAAGCUCUCCUGAGCAAGGGCAAAGAGAAUGGAGAGCCCAAUCCGAGCGAUGAUAAAGUUGACAUGUCGGACAACUCCAAGCAGGAAACACUUCGCGAGAUCAUGGAGGAGCUUGACAACAUUGCCAAAGAGAUAAAUGAGCUUGAAAAAUACAGUCGAAUCAAUUUCACGGGCUUCUUGAAAGCUGCUAAAAAGCAUGACCGGAAACGAGGACAGCGAUACCGAGUGAAGCCGCUUCUGCAGGUGCGGCUGAGUGCUCUUCCUUUCAACUCGGAGAAUUACUCUCCGCUUCUCUACAGACUGUCUGCCAUGUAUUCCUUCGUCCGCCAACAUCUUGAAGGAGAAGUGCCCAAGGAGAGAACUAUGUCCGUGGCCGAAAUUGAUCCCACCAGCUCACGUUACAGCUCUUACAAGUUUUGGGUGCACCCCGACAAUCUUCUGGAAGUGAAAACCUACAUUCUUCGUCGUCUCCCUGUUCUGGUCUAUAACCCGCAGACAUCAAAGGUCGCUGACGGCGCUCGCACCGAUCCGACCAUCACAUCUCUUUACUUCGACAACUCCAAAUUUUCCCUCUACACGCAAAAAGUCGACCGUGCUCCGGACUCGUCGUCUUUGCGCCUACGAUGGUUUGGCCAGCUCGCCGAACAGCCUGAAAUCAUGUUUGAGAAGAAGAUCGCCAAGGAAGGCGACGAGAGUGAAGAAGUCAGAUUUCCCAUCAAGGAAAAAUAUAUUCAGUCAUUCAUCAAGGGUGAUUACAAGAUGGAGAAGUCGGUUCGGAAACUCCAAGAUCGAUCAGGACCAGACAGUAAGGAGAUUCAAGCAUUGGAGAAGAGUGUGGAUGAGAUCCAGAAAGCCAUCAAGGAAAACAAUUUGCAACCCGUUUUGCGCGCCAAUUACACUCGCACUGCCUUCCAGAUCCCGGGAGACGACCGAGUGAGGAUCUCGCUCGACACAGAGCUUGCCCUCAUUCGAGAAGACUCUUUUGAUACUGAUCGUCCGUGCAGAGAUCCAGAGGACUGGCAUCGCAGGGACAUUGACGAUGCUCAGAUGGAGUUCCCCUAUAACAACAUCCGUAAGGGUGAAAUUUCUAGAUUCCCUUAUGCUCUGUUGGACAUCAAAGUCCGGGGAGGCCCGGCAAAGAAGACUCCUGAGUGGGUCUCGGAUCUGAUGUCUUCACACUUGGUCAAGGAGGCACCUCGAUUCUCUAAAUUCGUGCAUGGUGUCGCACAAUUGUUUGAGGACCAAGUCAACAGCUUCCCAUUCUGGCUGGGCGAACUUGAUACGGACAUUCGAAAGGACCCGGCUCAGGCUUUUGAGCAAGAGCAGGAGAAGAAAGCCAAGCGUGCAGAAGACGAGAUUGCUGUAGGGAGCUUCCUUGGCUCCAAGUCCAGCCCCUAUUGGAAGCCAGUCGUUGGCUCGCCAGCCGACAGACAUUUUGACCGGAAACGGAGCGAGAGAGACGAGUUGCUUAAACUUACCGCGACUAGAUCGAGAUCUGUCCCAGGUGAAGUUGGUGAAGUUGGUGAGGAGCGCGAUUCAGACGAUGACGGAAAACAGGCGCCUGAGGCGGCUGCAUCACCCACCUCGCAUGGUCUCGCUUCUCUUUUCCCGUCAUUUUCUACAUCAAAGUACGCGCGGGCGCGCAGAGGAGAGCGCGUUGAGCUUCCUCCAGGCGUGAGACACCCUGGCACAUUCAUCAAAGACUCGGGACCCGUCAAGGUGGAGGCCAAAGUCUGGCUUGCGAAUCAGAGAACCUUCAUCAAAUGGCAGCAUGUAUCUGUGCUGUUGGCAUCACUUUCUCUGGGUCUGUAUAAUGCCGCAGGUGAAUCGAACAAUGUGGCCCGAAUCCUCGCCAUUGUCUACACUCUGAUCGCAGUUUUUGCCGGCGUCUGGGGGUGGGCCAUGUACAUCUAUCGCAGUCGUCUUAUCCAGGAGAGGAGUGGCAAAGACUUUGACAACGUUGUCGGCCCCCUGAUAAUUUGCGUGGGGCUUGCAAUUGCACUCUGCCUCAACUUCGGAUUCAAGUAUCAUGCUGUUAUGGAAGCUCGCAAUGCGCAUGGAGCGAGAAACGAGACGGCUACUCUUGUAGCAGACAUGUUGGCAAAUGGCCAUGGACUUGUCCAGCAGAGACCCGAUGCCGGCACUUCUUACUAAGGUCCUUGAGACUCUCGAGGAAUUAUGGAUGGCUUCCGGUAAGAGCUGCUGUCGAAUUUAUAGAGCGAAGACUGCAAUUGCGAAUUUAUGGCUAUAUGUACGAAUGUUUGUAGAGAAAUACCUGAAAGUCAUCCGCUCCUAGUGCUCUAGGGACGUAAUAUUGUAUAUACCCAACCAAUCAAAGGGGGAAAAUUCAUAAAAAGAAAAUAAAACUAUGUUCUUAUCGACUGC